AUGAGAUCUUCGUCCGGUGCGCACUCCGAUUUCUUCUUCUCCUCUCUCAGGCAGGCUGAGAAAAGACUGAAGCUUGAAGCAAGCAGUAGUGAGCAGAAACAAAAGCGAGACCGAGGCUCUAUUGACCCAACUCAAUCUCUAAGCACGCCAAUUUAUAUCCACCACGCCCAAUCACACCCAGCCGCCGCCAGCAGCUCAGCGGAUCUUCAAGAAAGCAGCGAGGCACCAUCGGCUUUUCUUCCAUCUCCGUCACAUUCGUCGCCGCCCCGUGAAAACCACACACGAGAAGGCUCGAGCGUUGGCUACGGCGGCGUUUCAUCAGGCGGUGCGGAUGAUAUCGAGGUGAUGAUGCAGGUGUUGGGUUUGUCAGAGUCGGAUGUCGGAGCAAGAAGCGCUUUGCGGGCAAUUGACGAUGAGGAGAAAAGGAUUCGUCGGGAUGGAUUUUACAAGAAGAAUUUGGGGGUUAAGAGUGAAGAAGAAGUUAGGAGACUUGAUGGAUGGAUCGAUUGGUAUAUGGGGGAUGGAGCGGCGGACGGCCACAAGGAGCCCUUCAGGUUGGCUCUUUUGCUUCUGGGUAAGGCUGCUUUGAACUCAGAGAAUGGCUUGGAGUUUCCUUCAGCCAUUGAUGAAUAUUUGAAGGUUGAUCCACCUCAAAAGGACUAGAGAGGUUCUUAGAAUGCAACAUUGAAGUUGAAAGUGGCUGCUUCUCUUAUUUUACUGUCUCCAUUCAUUACAACGAAGAUGCAAAAACUUAACACGGCUCCUGAUAUUUUCUUAUGCUUCUCUGAGCUUCUCUAAGGAAGCCAAUACCUCAUUCAUGUUGGGUCGAUCCUCUGGGUUUGGUCUGGUGCAACACAAGGCCAUUUUCAAGAGCUUUUCCAGUUGCUCUUCUUUCUUGGAUGCUUCUCCACUAAGCUCAGGGUCUAAAAUCUCACCAAUGCCAUUGCUGUUCAUAACAGCAAGCGCCUUCUGAACUAGUUGAGACAGACUGAUAGGUAGCCCUUGCUCGUCUGUGAGUCCUGUUGGCCUUCGUUUCGUGAGUAGCUCCAUCACCACAAUCCCAAAACUGAAGACAUCAACCUUUGUAGUGACUCUUCUCAUGUAUGCAAAUUCUGAUCAAGAGAAAUCCAGAGUCAAAAUGUCUUCAGUAAGAAAAUUCUAGGAUAUAUAUGCAACAGAAUAGCUAAACAAGAAGAGGAGGGUGCAACAUAAGUUACCUGGUGCCAUAUAGCCGAUGGUUCCUUGGAAUGCUGAUGAUGAGUUAGGGUUAUUCCCGAUAUCUUCGAGAUGAACACCUAGGAUCCGAGCUGUACCGAAGUCGCUGACAUGGGCAACCCAGUCAUCAUCCAACAGUAUGUUUGAGGGCUUCAAGUCACAGUGAACUAUAGGGAAGUCAUAAUCACUAUGCAGAUAUUCCAAUCCACUUGCAACUGAAAUGCAGACGUCGAUUCUCUCGGAUAAUGUCCACCUCGAUUGCUCAACCACCUGUGGGUUGUGUAUGAUACCAUCCAAGCUCCCAUUAGGCAUGUAUUCCAGAACUAAAGCUUUAAGCUUGGGGCUCUCCCAGGCAUAUCCGAGCACCUUCACCAGAUUUCUGUGUCUCAACUGGCUCAAGGUCUUGGCUUCUCUGUAGAAGCAUUUGUCAGAUUCUGCUGAAAACUGAUCCAAGUUGAGUUUCUUUACAGCUACCACACUUCCAUCUUCAAGGUUACCUUUGUACACAGUACUUAAGCUGCUUGCACCAAUUAUAUUAUCUUCACUGAAGAAUUCGGUUGCCUUCUCCAGCUGUACACCAUCAAACCUUGCAAGUUUGCCGGGAGCAGUAGAAAAAUCCGGGUCGGCUGAAAUGCUGCCAGCUUCUGGUUUAUUCUCCUUGGUACCUUUUUUUAGGAGCACAUAAGCCAAUACUAACACCACUAGAAGCACGAAAACUCCCCCAAGUCCCACAAGAAUCCAUAUCGUCUUUUUGUGGAAGGUGCGUGAACUUUUCCCCUUGCUGCAUGGUCCAUCAGAUUUGGUUCCACAGAGAGCAAGAUUGCCAUCCAAAUUUGAUGAAUCCAUUUCUAUGAAAACUCCUGACUUUGGAACUUGGCCUUCGAGUCGAUUGAAGGACAGGUUAAGAUGCUUCAAUGUGGUGAUAUUUGCAAGGCUCUCUGGAAUUGUGCCAUUUAACUGAUUCCGGGAGAGAUCCAAGGUCUUCAGUUGCUUCAAGUCAGCUAGAUUCCCAGGUAUUUCACCCUCCAACUCAUUCCUCGAAAGGUUUAAGCUUGUAAGCACAGUCAUCUCGCUCCAAGCACCACCUGGAAUUGUACCUGAUAACUGAUUCCCUGACAGGUCAAGAGAGAACAAAUUGCUGCAGCCCUUAAUUGAACUCGGGAUGCUACCAGAGAGAUUGUUGUUGGAGAGAUCAAUGACCUGCACUGCUUGCAACAUUCCCAACUCAUUUGGAAUUGCGCCAUUGAAGUUAUUCUGUGAAAAGUUGAGAUAAAUCUGCAAGCUUUUCAUCCCUGCAACCACUGGUCCAGGAAUGGGACCUGUUAGAUUGUUGUGGGAGAGAUCUAUGGAUGUUAUGGUGCUGAGACUCUCCAUGCUGGUUGGUAAUGAACCGUUGAGCAUGUUGCCAUGCAGAUCCAAGGUUGAAAGCAUUGAGAGGUUUGAGAUAGCAGCUGAAAUGGGUCCUGUCAGCAUGUUUCCCCCCAACAAUAGAACUGUGAGACUUUUCAGUCCAAACAGGGCCUCUGGUAUUUGGCCUUCCAGAGCAUUGCUAUCUAGGCUAAGCCCUUGAAGAUUGGAAAGCAUGGACAACUCUGGUGGAAUUUGGCCUGUAAAGUUAUUUGCAGACAGCAACAAGCUAACCAGUGCGGUUAAAUUGCCAAUCUCUGGUGGUAUUGGCCCUUGAAGAGAAUUGAAGCGAAGAUGUAAUCUCUUCAGGUUGUAUAGUUUGCCAAUGCCGGGUUUUAGAAAUCCGGUAAAAUUGUUAUAUCCGAUGGUCAAGGAUUCAAGGUAAACACAGUUAUAAAGGUCAUCAGGUAUUUCCCCUGACAUUUGAUUCCCCCCUAGAGAAAGCAAAGUCAGAUUCUCCAAUCUCCCUAUUCCCUUCGGAAUCUUCCCAACGAUUCUAUUGUAAGUCAAAUCUAUGGCAAGAAGUUGAGUACAAUAGGUGAUUUGUGGUGGAAUGGAUCCCUGAAGAAGGUUGUCAUUGGCACUAAGGUUUCUCAAGUUUGAUAGUGCUCCUAUAUUUGAUGGAAGUUCCCCAGUGAGGAAAUUGAAGCCUAUGGACAAGUAGGUUAAGCUUGAAAGGUUUGUGACUGAAGUUGGAAUUUUCCCAGUGAGCUUGUUGGAAUGCAGGGUCAACACCUGCAAUGACUCCAUAGAUCCGAGCCCACUGGGAAUUGCACCACUCAAUUGGUUCUCAGACAGCCCUAAACGGUUCAACGACUUCAACCCUGACAAGGACACUGGGAUCGAACCGUUCAACCUGUUUCCGUACAUCCUCAAGGUUUCCAACUGGCUCAAGUUUCCUAGCUCUGAGGGAAUUGGUCCAGUGAAAUUAUUGAGAUAUAGUUCGAGAUUGAUGAGACUGGUACAACGACCCAAUUCAGAAGGGAUAGACCCUUCGAACGAAUUCUGAAACAAUAACAAGUACUGUAAGUUGGACAGGUUCCCUACUUGUGGAGGUAUGGUUCCGGUUAACCCAUUCGCACUCAGGUCCAGAACCUCUAAAUUCUCUAGCUUGCCUAUAGAACUUGGAACCGAACCGACCAAGAAGUUGGCAGAUACUAUAAAGGCGCGGAGGUUUACUAGAUUCCCUAUGCUUUCAGGUAUUGAUCCUGUGAGGUUGUUGAAGAAAGCAGUAAAAUCUGACAGGGAAGUACAGUUAGAGAGGGUCUCAGGAAUGGUUCCAUUGAGAUAGUUACCACCAACAUCUAAGGAAAGCAGGCUUCUCAGGGCCCCGAAUUCGGAAGGAAUAGGGCCCGAGAGAGAGUUGUUGAAGAAAGUGAGGUUGGUGAGCUGGGUGCAGAAUCGAAGCUGAGGCGGAAUGUAGCCGGUGAAAGCAUUUGAAGACAAGUCAAGAACCUGGAGGGAAGACAGGUUCGCAAGGGAAGGAGAUAUUUGACCCUGUAGCUCCAUUCCAGGCAGAGUAAUGGCGAUGACAGCUGCGGCACGAGGAAGGGAGGAAGGACGGCAGAGGACUCCGGACCAGUUGCAGUGGUGGAUUGAAUCCUUCCAGUCUGCAAGUGCCCCCAAUGGGUCAGCAGUAAUGCCUUUUCUGAAUGCCCUCAUGGCUUGACCCUCUGCAGCUGCCGAGGUUGGUCUUGUUGCUGAGAGAACAGUGUUGACCAUCAAAAGUAAACAAAGCAGCAACGUUACAGGCAGAGCCAUCUUUUGAGACUCCAUUUUUUUCCCCCUUCUCUUUUUUUCCUCUCGAGUUGUGUGAUUGAUGAGAGUUCGUUUGUGAGAAGUGGAAUGAGUAGAAAGUAGAGUAUUAAUAAAUGAAGCUGCUGAUUACGUAGUGGGAAUAUUGUAGAAGAGGAGUUGACGUUGACUGACUUCUCUAAGUCACGGGAUGAUGUUAAGUACUUAACUUCAUCAAUGGGAAACCCAGUUGUUGUACUGUACUAUUGUGGGCUGUAAUUAUAUUAAAAAAACCCGUGCAAGCGCAGUGCGGCCGGGAAAAAGUAUUUGACUUGAGAAAUUGUGGGAAUGUGCUGUGCUACUUGCUGGUUUGGUGUAGCAAUGGCGAUUUGGUGGUGGACAGCCAUAUCCGCGUCGUACUAGGAUAUUUUGAUCCACUUUGCUUGUUUGGAUAACUUGUAUGAAUUGUAAAUGCAGCAAUCAAAGAGACUGCUGGGUCCUCCAAGUUCUGCAGUAGUCAUGGGUUUAUGAUGAGGCCAUGUCGG